AUGGCACUGGCUUCGCUUUCAUCCGAUCCCAAGCACAAGCUCCCAUUAUCCAUCUUUCGCAACAUUUCUCGUAAGGUCCAGGGCACUUUAAAGUAUUAUGCGCAACUUAUUGGUCGCCACGCUUAUGGUCAGGCCAUCUAUAUGCCUCUAUUCUAUUUGGUGCUGAAAUAUCUUCGUGUAGGAUUUCUCCAAGCCUCUUAUGCAUCACACAAAGGCGACUGGAUCAAGGCUGUUGCCAUCCCGGCUACUGGCAGAGUUUUGUCUGCAUCCAGUGCAACAGUAGUGGUUUGGACUGAUGAAGCCGAGAGAUCCAUCAACAUUGGCAAUCAACAGUAUAUUUCAUUCCAAGCAAAUGGAUCAAAAUUCGUGACAGGUGACAACGACGGAAAGGUCAAAAUAUGGGAUGUCGAAUUGGGGAAGAAGCUACGGACUUUGGAAGGUCCCUCUGGCACUAUUUGGUCUUUCGCUUUCUCACCAGAUGGCAGCAAGAUGGCAGCGGGAUCGUGGGAUGCCACAAUUCGAGUAUGGGAUACGAAGAUGGGGCAAGGUCUGCUUGGUGUGAUGGAAGGACACACCAGCCUUGUCACAGCAUUGGCUUUCUCCCCUGAUGGAACUCGCCUCGUAUCCGGGUCCUACGACGAUACUGUUCGGCUGUGGGAUGAAGCGGGGAAGUCCAAGGUGCUUGAAGGGCACAAUGGUCCAGUAUUUUCUCUUUCGUUCUCAAAAGACUACAUCAUCUCCGAAUUAUGGGACAAGACAAUACAAGUAUGGAAUGCCGGUUCUGGUGAUAUGGUGAGAGUGCUACGAGGGCACACCAACUUGGUCCGUUGCGUGGCCUUCUCACCAGACUUCAAACUCAUCACCUCAGGCUCUAAUGAUUGUACUGCUCGUCUGUGGGAUGUAUCUUCUGGGGAGGUAUUGGCCAUCUAUGAUGUUGGAGAGCCGGUAAUGUCUAUUGCUUUUUCCUUUGAUGGGAAGCUGAUUGUGACGGGUUCAUGGUAUGGCAAAGUACAUGUUUGGAAUGCUGAUGUAUUAUUGUAG